AUGUCUCAGUCCCUUUUGAAAAGCAUCAAGUCUGUUGUUCCCCUCUUUGAUAGAGUUCUGGUUCAGAGAGCCAAGGCCGAGGCCAAGACUGCCUCCGGUAUCUACAUUCCAGAGAAGAACCAGGAGAAGCUGAACAUUGGUACUGUUUUGGCAACUGGCCCAGGUCUUCAGGAUGCCAACGGUAACACCGUUGCCGUCAGCGUCAAGGCUGGUGACAAGGUUUUGAUCCCACCUUUUGGUGGUUCCCCAGUCAAGGUUGACCAGGAGGAAUACCUUUUGUUCCGCGAUGCCGAGAUCCUUGCCAAGAUUGAACAAUAA